GGGCCUCAGGCGCUCCCCCGGCCCAGCCGAGGCUCAGGCUGGAGCGUCCUGCUGCAACUGCUAAACAAAAUCAAGUAAAGCUGUACGGAGCUGCACUUCAGCUGUGUCCAGCUGCCUUCCUAAACCCAGAGCAGUGCUGUGAAGUUAAGAUUUGAGAGGGCCCACAGCAGCUUCUCUUCUUGAUGGAACACAUGUGGAGAGUUCUAGUUUUCCUUUAGAACACUUGCACUGCAGAAACUGUGAAGAAGAGCUGUGAAGAUACCAGCAAUACCUGCCAGCUUUUAAUCUUGUCCCAGAGAUGUCGAAAUUCAUCAAAGUUUAUCUUCCCUGAGCCAUCUGUCUGUGAUGCAAACAUUCAGGCUUUCUGGGAUAUAUAGAUCAGAGCAAAUAAAUACAAACCUUGUAUGUUUUGAAGGCAAAUUGAUCUGCAUACCAUUUUCGCACUUCAGGAUUGGUGAAAUCCAGGUAUACGAGGGAUCAACCUUAAUAUGAGGAUCUACGAUGACCACAAGCUGCCAGAAAAUAAGAAAAGUAAACCACAUAAUUAGCAUCAGCUGUGCUUAAUAAAACAGCAAGAGUUCACUUCUGAUAAAAGGCAAAGAAUGACUUCAUCUCAGGGGAAGAAGUUUAGCUUUGGGAAGAUUCUCUUCAGCAACACCACCAUUUUCCUGAGAUUUGAAGGAGAUGAAAAAGCUUGUGAACCUUCCCAGGGUUUCAAUGUAACUUGGUACUUAAGAUACUCUGACUGCUACAAUGAAGUCUUCAACUUUGGGGAUGAACAAGCAGAUAACUACUUUGGGACUACAGCUGAAGAGCAUCCGGGUUGGUCAGGAUACUAUGCCACUGCUUCUCUCCUCUUUCCAAACUGCUCUGAGCUCUUCAGGCCUCAGAUUUUCUAUAAAGAAUUCGUUCAUCCAGAGCCUCUCUCACCCGAGAAACAAGAGGGCUUAAAGGAUAAGAAGGAGAGUGCAGGAAAUCACACGAUGGUGACAGAUAAAACUGCAAUGAAUGCUGUUAUCAAAACUUGGCGAGAUGGGCCAUAUAUCUUUAUUGUGCAAAUUGCACUUACAAAUGCAAAGGAUUCUACUGCCAGACUGAAAAGAACUGAGAGAACAACACCUUCCUCAUAUCAGAACAAGCUCUUUACAAUGACAGUAGAACUGAAGGGGCCGUAUGAAUAUCUUUCACUUGCAGACUACCCUCUGAUGAUUUUUUUCAUGGUGAUGUGUAUUGUGUACGUAUUCUUCGGGGUUCUGUGGCUUGCGUGGUCAGCCUGUUACUGGCGGGAUCUGCUGAGGAUCCAGUUCUGGAUUGGGGCUGUUAUUUUCCUGGGAAUGCUCGAGAAAGCCGUUUUCUACGCCGAGUUCCAGAACAUCCGCUACACGGGCGAAUCCGUUCAAGGAGCAGUAAUACUGGCAGAACUUCUUUCUGCUGUCAAGCGCUCGUUGGCUCGGACUCUGGUCAUCAUAGUCAGCCUGGGAUAUGGGAUAGUCAAACCUCGCCUUGGAGUGACUCUUCACAAAGUAGUUAUGGCUGGAGCCCUUUAUCUGUUAUUUUCUGGCAUGGAAGGUGUUCUUAGAGUCACAGGGUUUUUCUAUGACACUCUGGCUCUGAUAGCAAACUUGGCCCUGUCCAUGAUUGAUGCCUGUAUUAUUUUGUGGAUAUUCAUCAGUUUAACUCAAACAAUGAAGCUGCUAAAACUUCGAAGGAAUGUUGUGAAACUCUCUUUGUAUCGGCACUUCACCAACACACUCAUCUUGGCAGUAGCAGCAUCUAUUGUAUUCAUCAUCUGGACAACCAUGAAGUUCAGGCUGGUGGACUGUCAGUCGGACUGGCAAGAGCUAUGGGUGGAUGAUGCCAUCUGGCGUUUAUUGUUUUCAAUGAUCCUUUUUGUCAUCAUGAUUCUGUGGAGACCAUCUGCUAACAACCAAAGGUUUGCUUUCUCACCACUGUCAGAAGAGGAGGAUGAUGAUGAACAGAAAGAGCCAAUGUUAAAAGAAAGCUUUGAGGGAAUGAAAAUGAGAAGUACAAAGCAAGAACCAAAUGGGAAUGUAAAAGCAAACAAAGUUCAAGAGGAUGACCUGAAGUGGGUAGAGGAGAACGUUCCUUCAUCAGUGACAGAUGUGGCUCUUCCAGCUCUUCUGGAUUCAGACGAGGAAAGAAUGAUUACCCACUUCGAAAGGUCCAAAAUGGAAUGAAGGAGUAGCUUUUUGCUCUUGGAAGUGGAGACACCUCUUUUAAAGUUGCUUGGUGGAGCAAGUGCACCCUGCUGAUUUGUCUCUUGAUCUCAGCCUUGAAAGUUUGAUGCUUUAAUGUCAUGGAGGGUGUCUUGCUGUGGAAGAAGUUCACAAGGACAUUAUAAACCUUUUGGAAAUUUGAAUUUAAAGUUGCUGCAAGUUUGGAUUUUUAAGCAAUUGACGUGUACUAUUCCAGCACCUUCUGUAACUUUUCAAAUAUUUAAUCUGUGAAACUAAAAUUCCUAAUGUCUGCUUGAGGAGUUUAUAUUUCGAUGUUACAAUUGACACUUAGAGGUGAACUGCCUGUACCUUUUUGGGGGGAGGGUGGGGACAGAUAGAAAAAAGCACUGAAGAAACAGACCCAUUUUUCUGGUAGAUAACAGCUGCUGUUGUGUGUCAUGUGUUCAACAUGCAUGAAAGAGUUUUAGAGAGAAGCUCCUGUUGAUGAAGAAAAUGAAGAUGGCAGAAAGGAAAUAUUUGGAAUAGUUACAGUGAUAUGAGUUUUU